AUGGCCUCCUCUCAAUCGGCGUCGAGCGGGCGACGAUCCAUCACCGCUACGCUUCGCCUGUUGACAGAGGAUCUUCUUGCGCUAGGAGACCAGCCCAGCUCUCCCCAGCAUCAGGUCUACAUUCGCGGUCGGCUCGCUCGUGUCUGGGAGGAAGCAAGGGCACGAGCGGCGGUGAAACCCCCUGGUGCGCUCACCGAUAGCCAUCUGGAAAUGUCCACCGAGCGGUUGGCUCAAGUGGAGGACGAGCUGAAGAAGCUCAAGAUCUCCGGAGAAGCUUCCUCCUCCCAGGGGCCACCGAUCACUCGUCUGCAGGCCGACCUGGAAAAGGUUCAACAACUUCUAGCGGUGGAGCAACAGAAGUCGACCGAGCAGGCUAGUAGGCUGAGCCAGAUCAAGGCGCAAUUGAAGACUUACGACCGGAAACUUGAUCAGGCUUCCACAAGGAAACAACGGGUCAUCGCCGACCUAGAACAGAAGAACCAGGAGGGUCGGCAGCUAACUGAGAAGCUGAAGAAGGCAGAGGGCUCUCUGGUUGUCGAGCGGGAGAGCUGUUUGGCUAAGGAGGCGGAGCUUCAGGAUCAAGUGAAGCGCCUUGAAGAGGAUCUGGGGGCCUCCCGUGCUACACUGACAGCCUACCAAGAGGUCGAACCGGGUCGCUUUGCGGUCCUGAGGCAACAAUGCCUCUGCUCUGACCAAUUUCUAGAAAAGGCGACCCAUCGGAUUGUCCGAUCAUUCGAGCUGGCCAUCGACGCGACGCUCAGCCAGCUGAAGGCGAACGGCCACGUCUCCGAAGCCCUAUCUGACGGCGAUGUAAACCGCGUCCAGCUCCUUGACUCCAUUCCUGACGAAGCCUUCGACUAUAUCGAGUGA